CCCCCUUCCGCCCGCCCAUCAUGGUCUCUCUCGCGGUGGCGAACCGUGUCGUCAUGUACUACCAGACGCAAUACCAGAACGGGCAGUACGUCUCGGUGCUCCCGCUCAUCGGCUACGUCACACACCUUUUCCUCGCCGCGAUCCACCUCAACAUGGGCCACACCGGCCCUGACAUCGUUCACCUCAACAAUAACCAGCCCGCCGAUCCCUUCUUUGACCCCAUGUGGCCCGAGCUCGCCCAGCUCCAGGGUAACGGGACGAAGGUGAUCGGCAUGCUUGGUGGCGCGGCGGCGGGUACAUACGACUGUUUGGUGGACUCCCUCUUCGACACCUACUACCCUGCGCUGAAGGACGUGAUAACGACGUACAAGCUCGACGGUAUCGACCUGGACGUUGAGCAGUCGGUGUCGCUCGAAACCAUCACGCACCUCAUCCAGACGCUCAAGGCGGACUUCGGCGACGACUUCAUCAUCACCCUUGCGCCCGUUGCGUCCGCGCUCACCGAGGGCGGGAACCUAUCCGGGUUCGACUACAUCCAGCUCGAGCACAACAUUGGCGACCUCAUCUCCUGGUACAACGCGCAGUUCUACUCCGGGUUCGGCACGUUCUUCCCUGACGAUCAGUACAUCGACAUCGUCAACUACGACCAGGGAAUCGACCCGCCGCGCCUGACUGCGCUCGUACUCACGAACCCGUCCAACGGCGGCGGCUAUGUCAGCCCCGACAACGUCGUUACGAGCAUCCAUGAGCUGAUGGACCAGUACGGGACGGACUGGGGAGGGGUUGGAGGAUGGGAGUACUUCAACUCGCUGCCGGAUAGCAGCCAGCCGUGGGAGUGGCCGAUUAUGAUGAAGAACGCGAUGGAGGAGCAGAAGACGAAGAUGGAAGCCGACGCGCGGGCGAAGGAGCUUGCAGCGCGGAGGGAGGCGGAGGCUCAACCCGGGGCAUGGUCGAGACUGUUCAGCAGGCUCUCGUCGAGCGCGAGACAUGCGUGAUUGGGAUGGGGCGUCGGGUUGAAUGUUCGGAAGUACUUUCUCGGAUUACGACAUGGGCUGACUUCGGGAUCAACUGGGAUCAUGUGUACCAUAGCACUACGAAUCUGACGAC